AUGGUCCAAUGCGAGAGCAUGGAAGACUGCGCCGCCUUCAGCUAUACCACUGGCGCCGCAUCAAACUUUUGCGCGCCAUGCGUGACUAAGGACCGAUCGGCGCUCCUCGAUUGGAUGGUCGGGAGCGCUCAGACUAGUCACUACGUCAUGUGCGUGCCGCCCCCACAGAUGAUUGCUGCCGCCCCGCCUGCCGUACGAUACCGACCGGCCUCGCUGGGCCAGAACAUCGGCCCCGAGUGCUCCGCAGCAGCCUUGCUGGGCCAGAACGUCGGCCCGCGAGGUGGGGUGCUAGUCUGGGACCCAUACAUGAGCCUGUUCGACCGCAUCAAGCCCUACCUCUACUACCGCACCGCGCGCCACGUCCGCGUCGACAUCUGGCAAGUCGGCCUCACCAACCGGAUUCUGCAGACCGGCAUUAUAGUUGCCUUCAUCGCCACCGUCAUCACCUCAAACUCGUGGGCGGCUAGCGAGCGGCCGCUUGGCGUGGUGAACGCGUGGGAGGAUGGAGGGCGCUACGGCUUCGCGCCGACUCUCAACCGCUCGAGCGAAUACUACUCUUACUGCGCCAGCCCGGAUCACAACUACGUCUACUCGUCCAACUAUGAGUACAUCAUGCCCGAGUGCCGCAAUCUUCAGCCCGAGGAGAUCGUCACGAAAGGUAUUGGCUCGAUAUCCUUCACAACGUCCAUCAUAGAGACGUACGAGUACUCGUGGGAGUGCGGCAACCAGAGUGCGGCGACGCGCGCCAAAGAAGCCAGCUGUGGCGGCGCGGUUGUGGACCGCACGAACGCGGCGGCUCCUCCCGCAUCGACCUGA